UCUAGAGGAGGCAGAUGAAAAUUUGGGUGAAUGUUUAGAGCUGUGAAGAAGAUAAGAAUCAAGUCUAUGGAGGUUGAUAGCCAGCCCUUUAUCUUUGCCAUCUUUUAAUACUAGGAUCUCUUUACAGCUUUAAAGUUUCCAUAAAUAAUAUUCUCUCAUAAAACUUAUGGUGAAUAGUGCUCUGUGAGUUUUGAGGGUAAAUAAAGCUUUAGACAUAUAAUUAAACGAUAUUUAAAGCUCAUCAUAGUUGAUUUGAGUCUAUCAAACUUCUUAAUAAAGUUGUGAGAAUAUCACCCAUAUUCACCAUUAGCCGAAAUUAGAAUCCAAGUGAAAUCCACUCUUGAUAUUUAUAAAUUCCAAAUUUUACUAAAUUCUGGAUAAAACGUCCAUCAAAACGGAGAUAUUGAAGAACAAGGCUCUAGAAUAUCUUAUCAUCUAUAACUAUAAAAGUUACUUCCCCACAUAAAAUAGUCAACUGAGGAUGAGAAUUUAUGGUAACUUUUAUUUGAGUGGGUAAACUACUGAACAAAAAUCCGGAAAAAAUAGUGUUUAUUCGUAAAAUAAAUAAAAUGAGGGUUCUGCAAGGUAUGUCGACUCUUGAAGAGAAGCUUAGAGGUUUCUUUUUGAUAUGAAUGCUCCUUGAGUUUAGUUAA